GCCCCGCCCCCCCACGGUGGCGCAGCCGGGGGGGCCCCGGGAGGGUCCUGGAUCAGCUGAUGGAGCUGCACCUGGGCAAGGUGUGCCUGCAGCAUGAGACGUACGCGGCCGAGCCCGGGGAGGCGGCGGGGGGGUCCCGGGGCGGCCCCCUGGGCCCGGGGGAGGUGCCCACGUCCCGCCUGGUGCUGCUGGUGCCGGAGCUGGAGCUGCGCGACCGCCUGGGGGGGGCCACUGCGCCCCCCUUCCUGUGCCGCCACCCCCGGGGGGCGCCGCCCCCGCAGCCCCCCACGCUCUGGGUGAAGGCUCUGCGGGUCCUGCCCCACCCGCCCCCCCCCGGGGGGGUCCCUGAGUGCUGCCUCAGGGUCACCCUGACCCCCCUGCGCCUGCACAUCGACCAGGAUGCGCUGAUUUUCCUCAGGGAUUUCGCCAGCGGCUUCAUCGCCCACCUGAGCCCUCCCCCGGGGCCCCCCCCGGGACCCCCGGCCGACCCCCCCGGGGUCAGGGACUCCCCCCGGCCGGAGCCACCCCCGGACGAGGACCCCGAGACAGAGACCCCCCCGAUCUACUUCCGCGAGUUCCGGUUCACAGCCGAUGUCCCUGUCUGGCUGGAUUACCGCGGCAAGCGCGUCACCAUGGAGCAGGGCGCCCUGGCCGGGAUCCUGAUCGGGCUCGCGCGGCUCAACUGCUCCCAACUGCGGCUGAAGCGGCUCUGCCACCGCCAGGGGCUGCUGGGGCUCGGCCGGGUCGUGUCCUACGCGGUGACCGAGUGGCUUCGGGACAUUCGGUGUCACCAACUGCCGGGGUUGCUGGGGGGGGUGGCGCCCGUGCACGCGGUGCUGCGGCUCUGGCGGGCUCUCCGGGACCUGCUGCUGCUGCCGCUGCUGGGGGGGGGUCCCGGGGGGGUGACCCGGGGGGUGACCCGCGGUGUCACCGCCCUCGGGGCCGCCUCCGCCAGUGCCGCCAUCGGGCUGGGGACGAGGCUGCUGCGGGCGCUGCAGGCUCUGGCCGAGGCCCUUUAUGGACUCGUGGCCCCCCCGGGCCCCCCCCGGCUCCUCGCGGCUCCCCCGGAGCCCCAGCGGCACCAGCGCCCCCCACGCCCCCCCGGAACGAGGAGCGGCCCCGCCCCCACCGAGGGGCCGGGGGGGUCCCGCACCCCCCCGCGGCCCCGCCCCCAAUAA